AUUGUACUGGAUUAAGCAUGCUUUUGCAUGUUUUAUCUCUGACAGGAAGUUGCGUAGUCCUCUAACUUUCAGUGUGGUGUUGUCUCAGCAGCUCCCUGGCUCCUCCCUCUCCUCUAAAACAACGCAUAAUCAUCAGGUGGCUCUGGAUCGUGCCCCUGAGCUCUAGCCCCGCCCCUGAGUGAUGUCACCACCUCUGACCAACCCCUACAGCUACAACACUUCUCCCUGUCAUAUAUAUGUGAUAGCCUGGGGGAGUAGGGGAUGGGGAGUGUAGCUGUGCGGUGUCUAAAGGGUGCUUGUUAACCCAAGCUAUUCGUGAUGCCAGGGUGAGGGCUCCUCAGUAAUGCUUGUCCUACCGCCACCCUUCCCAAGAGCGAUAGGGAGGUAGAUAAUAAUGGAAUGUCCACAACCGGAGAGUUUGCUGAAACAGUUGUAACUUUUUCUGAAGAUUUUAUGCAAGCUUCAUAACCGGAACAGUUGCUAUACAUGCAAGCUUUCUUUGGAGAUUGACAAAGGUUGGGACUUUAGCAGUUUAGAGUCUUUAGGAUAAUAUGCGCUGUUCCACUGGAUUUAGGGGAUUUAGUUGCGGUCCAGUAGUCAUGCUAGCUUUAGUGGGGGUAAUUUAGAACUCACGGUUUAAGUUCCGCUGAGGCCGGUAGGUUUUCUGGCCUAGCGUGUCUUUGCAAGUUGCGAAGAUCCGUCCUGCUAGUCCGGCAUCCACGAGAGCAGCAACCCAAGAGAGCGAUAAUUGGCUACAGCUCCCUUAUAUAGGCAGGGGCUGGACUAGAGCUAAUUGGUCCAAUACUUGUGUCAAUCACCUUUACACAGAAUUAUGGGUAACAUGUGACCCAAGGACCUCCAAAGGUCCUCUAACAUACCAUAUAGGAGUCAACAUGGUCACAUGACGAUAGGUCCUGCUACGCUAACAAGGACGGCUCCUUGAAGGACAUUGAUCUAUGGCGACCCACAAGUGCAACAUCUCCUUCUCUCAUGUCCAGGUUAACUACUUAGCUCCAGUGUAUGGAGUCGAGUUCUUUAUAGCUUUACUAGGUAAUGGAUUUGCCAUCUGGCUACUGAUGCCCAGAGGAUCCAAGAAAAGCCACGCUGGCAUCAUCUUCUCCUUGAACCUUGCGGUGAGUGACUUGGCCUAUGCGCUGUCUCUGCCCCUUCUGGUGGCGUACUACACUAUGGGCAAAAAUUGGGUCUUCGGCCUUGCGCUGUGUAAAGUGGAACGGUUUCUUUUCAAUUGCAAUCUCUACGGAAGUAUCUUCUUCAUAACUUGUAUCAGUGCCAACCGCUGCCUGGGUAUAGUGUACCCAUUCUAUGCCAGAGGUAAGGUAGAAAGCAAGCACGCUAAGGUGGCGAGCGUCAUUGUAUGGCUGUUCGUUGCCACCAUCGCCGCCCCGGUCUUCAAAUUUUCCACAACGAAAGAUGAAGGAGCUGUUACGGAAUGCAUAGGGACAGCGGUGGAUGGUAUGUUGACCACUUACCUGCCAUACAGCCUGUUCCUUGCUGGGUUCGGCUGUGCCCUCCCUUUUGUGAUUACUCUUUUUUCAUACAUUGGCAUUGCAAGGGCAGUUUGGAAAAGCCAUGGACUUGAGUCAAGAGAGAAGAGGAAGGUGGUCGCCAUGGUGUGCAUCGUGGUGGCCCUUUAUUCCAUCUCCUUUCUGCCUUACCACAUUCUGAGGAACCUCAACCUUGCCAACAGGCAGUACCCACCAUCCUGCGCAAGAUCUUCGUACGUCCACUCAGCUUUUCAGAUAACCAGAGGUCUGGUGGCCUUGAACCCUUGUAUUCAUCCAUUGCUGUACACGUCAGUCAUGGACAACGUGAGAGCGCGGCUCGGGUGCUGCCAGGGACAUGGCGAGAAAAACUCUGAGGACAUCCGACUGUGAAAGGAGACUCUUUAGUUUGACUUUUUCUUUUAAGGAUUAUAAACUUGACAGAUGUGAGAAUUGGGCAACUGGUUUAACAUAAGGAACGAUGAAAGUGUCCAGGGAACGGAACUCAUCAAAGCUGAGAAGGACACAGUAGUAUGAACAGCGUCCGAUGUCCUCCACAAGCAUUGGAUACAUCCAGGACAAAGUUAAAGGGGUAUUCCAUUAAAAAAACAUGUUUGCUUGUUUUUCAUAUCAACUGGCUCCAGAAAGUUAAACAGAUUUUUGAAUUACUUUGAUUAAAAACAUCUU